AUGGUCCACCUCUCCACGCCCGCCAAAGACACCGGCGUCUUCAGCACCGAGGAAGUCCAUCCCCCCGAUGGCACCGCCCAAGUCCUCUCCCGCGUAAUCGCCUUCCCACGCAACCACUACACGCGCGCCCCCAACGUCGCCGCAGGCUUCAAGCAGCUGCACCUUUCGCGCGCCGGGCCCCUGCGCGCCAACCUCGUCGGCUCCGACAUCACCAAAGACAGCUUCACCGUCACCGUCGAGACGUGGGGCGACGGCAUCCUCUACAGCGCGACGGGGACCUGGAUCGAACACAAAGCCGGGGCGAGGGACUGUCAUUUCGGGCAGUUCGAUACCGCCGAGGUGCACCCCGAUGCGACGGCCACGCCGCAGGAAGUCGAGGCGCGCAUCCAGUUUCCCGCCGACGUGGGAAGGUGGAAGUCGCACCAGCGCCCGCCGCAUGUGGUGUGUUGGCUCAACCGGCUGGACCUGGCGUGCGAGCCUGGCCGGAAUUUCAGGAUCGCGGCGCACGCGACACGCAUUGGUGAGCAGGGCUUCACGGCGCAUUUGGACACGUGGGGGAACACGCGCAUGGCUGGCGCGGCCAUGUGUUGGAUUGCGUUCCCACGGGGCAAGAAGGGCGUCGCGACGGGGUCGUUUUCAACUUCCGACGUGCGGCUGUGGAGCAAGCCGUGGGCGGAGAAUAGCGGGACGAUUAAAUUCGCGGAUGCGGGACAGCGGUUUGGCGUCGUCCCGACGGUGCUCGUCGCGUUGAACGGGUUCGAUAUCAGGGGGGAUGCGGAUUUGAGAGUUAAGGUGUAUGUGGAUGAGGUUACGAAGGAGGGUUUCAGGUGGCAUUUGAAUACGUGGGGGGAUACGACGCUUUAUUCGGCGAGCGCUAGUUGGAUUGCGCUCGGGUUUGAGUGA